GGAUGGGGCCAGAGCUGUGGGUUGGGACAGAAUCCAGACUUCUAUGAGGAAUGCAGGCAGGAGCCAUACAGGAUGGAGCCUGUAUGGUAGGACAGAGUCCAGCCUUCUGCUAGGGGCGGGGCCGGAGCAAUGGGGUGGGGUCACCAUUCUGCUAAGUAUGAGAGACGAAACUAAGGAACGGGGCCAGCCGGCUGAGACCGUGGUGUCCAGCCUUCUGCUACGGAUGAGGACAGAGCCAUGGGGAAGCUCUUUGUGGGCGGCCUGGACUGGAGUACCACUCAAGAGACUCUACGCAGCUACUUUUCCCAGUAUGGUGAGGUUGUGGAUUGUGUCAUCAUGAAAGAUAAAACCACCAACCAGUCUAGAGGCUUUGGAUUUGUCAAGUUUAAAGACCCCAAUUGUGUGGGGACAGUGCUGGCCAGCAGACCACACACCCUAGAUGGCCGAAAUAUCGACCCGAAGCCGUGCACACCUCGGGGGAUGCAGCCAGAGCGAACACGGCCCAAGGAAGGCUGGAAAGGACCCAGGAGCGACAGCAGCAAAUCCAACAAGAUCUUUGUCGGGGGCAUUCCCCACAACUGCGGGGAGACGGAGCUCAGGGAGUACUUCAAGAAGUUUGGAGUGGUCACAGAGGUGGUUAUGAUCUAUGAUGCGGAGAAGCAGCGGCCUCGAGGUUUUGGAUUUAUUACUUUCGAGGACGAACAAUCAGUGGACCAGGCUGUCAACAUGCAUUUUCACGACAUCAUGGGCAAAAAAGUGGAGGUUAAACGGGCUGAACCACGGGACAGCAAGAAUCAAGCUCCAGGACAGCCAGGAGCCAGCCAGUGGGGCAGCCGCGUGGCGCCCAGUGCAGCCAACGGCUGGGCAGGCCAGCCCCCGCCCACGUGGCAACAAGGAUAUGGCCCACAAGGAAUGUGGGUGCCAGCAGGACAGGCCAUUGGUGGCUAUGGCCCACCCCCUGCGGGCAGAGGAGCCCCGCCCCCGCCCCCACCCUUCACCUCCUACAUUGUAUCCACACCGCCUGGAGGCUUCCCCCCACCACAGGGCUUCCCACAGGGCUAUGGCGCCCCACCACAGUUCAGUUUUGGCUACGGUCCUCCUCCCCCACCCCCUGAUCAGUUUGCCCCUCCAGGGGUCCCUCCUCCACCUGCCACCCCAGGGGCUGCCCCGCUGGCCUUCCCACCACCUCCGUCUCAGGCUGCCCCAGACAUGAGCAAACCCCCAACAGCCCAGCCGGACUUCCCCUAUGGUCAAUAUGGUUACGGGCAGGACUUGAGUGGCUUCGGCCAGGGCUUCUCGGACCCCAGCCAGCAGCCGCCCUCCUAUGGGGGCCCCUCUGUACCAGGUUCGGGGGGUCCCCCCGCUGGCGGCAGUGGCUUCGGACGCGGGCAGAACCACAACGUGCAGGGCUUCCAUCCCUACCGGCGCUAGCCAGGGGCAUGGCGGCGGGGCAGGCAGGAUUCGGGACUGGUGAACUUGUGACAAUCACACUCGGGACAAAAUAAAUGACCACUCGACCUGGGGGGAGGGGCAGCGGAGGCCGCAUCUGGACUGAGGUUUUAAAUAUAUUUCUUUUCUCUGACCCAUCAGCACAAUAAAAACACGUCACUGGUUCAACAACAGGGUUUAAAAAACGCCUUCAGCUUUAAUUCAGAAUUUCAGGUUUCUUUUUCUUCUUCCUUUUUUUUCCUUUUUUUGAGAUUAUUUUCUUGAGCCUUUUGUUUUAUGGUAUAUUGUAAACUUUUAUGUUAAAGAAAAAAUAUACAUUUACAAAUUGUGAGAUUUUUAAGAGAAAUUUUCUACAAUGUAUACUGGCUUAUUUUUUAAUUUAAAGCAGGGUUCGGGUGUGGGAAGCGGGAGCCCUGGCUCCCGCCGGCGCGGGCUGGGGUGCGGGCAGAGACUACUGCGUGCAUUUGGUUUUUUGUUCAUUCCUUGCUUUGAGCGGCUUGUGUGGCUGCAGGUGCAACAGGGCCCCUGGCACAGGUGGCAGUGCUGAAGUCUCGGGUGGCCUGGGCCCCACCCACACAGGUGUGGCAGGCAAGGCCUUGCUGGAGGCCCCUCAGUAGGGCUCAGGUUCCCAUUGACCAGUUUGACCCGGUUUGAAUAAAACAGCGUGUUUGGAUCA